AUGCGGGCGUUUAAAGCGCUCGCGCUCGCGCUCGCGGUCGUGGACGAACGAAAGAGGGCGCCGUACGAUCAUCAGAACGAGACGUACGAACCGCGAUUCACGACGCCGUGGCGCGGAGACGCGAACGAUGUGGUGGCGGUCGAAGCGUUCUUCUCUCCGGAGACGAGCGGCGAGACAGCGAGGGAGCUCGUGCAGGGGUCGAGGCGGACGAUUGACGCGUACGCGCCGGGCGUGGAGUCGUGGAGCGGAUGCGGGACCCCCGAACGCGGCUCCGUGUGCGUCGGCUGCGAGCCGGAAAAGCUUAGAGACGAAGAACAGUUUGUACUAUUUCGAGAUUUGAUCAACGCCGCGAACAGAGGCGUGCGCGUGCGAUUGCUGACGAAUUUGUUUGACAACGUUCACGAAUGCUCUGGACGCACCACCGUGAUGAGUUACUUGAGCGAGAUUUUCGAGGUCAAGACGUAUCGCACGACGACGUUUCAGCACUCGAAAGUGUUGAUAAUCGAUGGCGAGACGGUGAGCAUAAGUAGCGUGAAUUGGAGCAGGACCUCGUUCAUCGAGAAUCGUGAGGCUGGCGUGAGGCUCUUGAGCGAAAAAGCGGCGAGUUUCGCUAUGACCGUGUUUGAGUUUGAUUACGAGCUCGCCGAAACGUGGGCGGCUCCGACGAAUGGAAUCAGUGACGACGAGAGACGAAACAUUCAAGAUGGGGGAUUUCUUCCGCCGUUUCCGAUCCCCCGUCGGCAAAUCAACGAGCCUCAUUACGAAGCGCCUCGCCGGCCGCCGGUAUCAAUCUCUGGAGACGCAAUAGAACUGUUCGUGUCGCCUGACGCCGGAGCGACGACGCUGAUAGAUUUUUUCAAGCGGACGAAUACCACGCUCGACGUAUACACCUAUCAAAUAACGGAUGAAUUCUUUGCGGAGAUGAUACUAUCGCUCGCCAAGCGCGGCGUGCGCGUCAGAGUCGUGCUAUCGCGGGCAAUUUAUGGAGAUCAAGACAGACGAAUUUCGACGCGAGUGAUCGAUGCGAUGCGAGCACAAUCAAGAGGCAAGAUUUCAUUCUACUCCUCGCCACACUUUUACCGCUAUGCACACCUUAAAGUGAUCAUCUCAGACGGAUCCAGUGUCGCUGUGUCUACGGGAAAUUUGUCCCCAAGUGAUCUGCCGCAACCCAUUCAACCGUUUCCACCUCACAAGUCCAGCAUUAACAGAGAUUUCGGAAUCAUCGUUCGAAACGGCAUUGUCGAAGAUUUCCAAAAGCUCAUAGACGGAGACGUGCGUCUUGGAGCGACGAAGUAUAGGCGACCAACGAAGUAUUGA